ACCAUUUAACACUUCCUACUUUUGGUUUGAAAUCAAAGUGAUCUGUUAGUAAAAUUGGUAUGAAGGCGAUGCCAUUAAUAUAUCUACCAUUGUUAGUUACAUUUGUUACUAUUAUAGAGACUGCAGGGGAGCCCUGUGCUACAGCAGAAAAUUUGACAGUAGUCAAUAUAUGCACAGAUGAUACCAAACAACAGGAUGAUAGCGAAUCUGUUUUAGUAAAGGCAAACACUAUGCAAAACUGUACAUGUGAACUUUCUGUAAUCAAUCAAGAUAAAGCAAUAUCAGUUUAUAUGCAAAGAUUUGGUCAGAAGACAAGUUCAAGUCCAUCAGCUUACGGAUGUGGUUUGUUACUGGGGUUUGGUAUAGGAUCAAAUUACAGAGUUUGGGAAGCUCAAUGCGUAGUCGGUAAUAGCGUUAUCUUAGAUUCAAUACCAAUCAACGAUACAAUGACAAUAACAUCAAUUACUGUGAAUGGAACUUUGAAGGAUAAUGAAGGGUAUUGUAUUGAAAUAAAGAAAGCCGUCUCUGAUAAAUCGGGAAACCAGCUGGAGCUAAAAUGCGGCAACGGCAGCACCAUUACAACUAACACAACACAAUCAGCAGAAAAAACAACAAAGAUGACUCUGACAACAAUUCCAACGACGACUACGACAACAACAACAACAAUACCAACUACAACAGUUCCGACAACGACAGCAACUACUGUACCACCACCAACAACAACAGUACCGACGACGACAACAACAACAAUAACAACAACAGUUCCGACAACGACAACAACAACAGUACCGAAAACAACAAAAACAACAACAACAACAGUACCAAAAACAACAGCAAUUGACACUAUUGAGUUCGAAAUUCUAAAUUUCACAAGUACCGAUGGUUCUGUAACCACAAACAAAGCAAAUGAACCGAAAAAUAAAGAUGAUGAUGACACAACAGCAUUAGCAGUGGGUGCAUCGGUUGGAGGAUUUGUAAUCAUUAUUGUCGUUAUUGCUGUAAUCUGUAUCUAUAGACGAAACCAUCCAAAAUCAACAUCUAAACCAGGUCCAGCAGUUAAUGCUGAUACUGAUGAUUAUGGUCUACGUGACAAUGUCCUGUACGUUUCAUCAGAACCUCCUGAGACCACUCAAACACCAAACAACGACGAUAGUCCAAACACAAACAGGAUAUCAGUUGAUAUUGAUGGUAAUUACAAUACAGUAGAUUUGGAUAAAAUACCGUCAGUCGAAGAAUCAACUGGAGAUUACAGUUCAACUAACUUAGAAAAACUGACACCGUCAAAUUCGAAUUUGAACGGGUCUACAAAUGAAAAACCAGUUAUUGCUCCUAAGCCAAAACAAAAGGUGACCAUUCAAGAUGAUGUUUAUUCUGUCCCGGAUAAGAAAAAGGGGAAGCAUGUUACAUCACCUGGUGAACAUGGGUGUGAAUAUGCAGUUGUCAGUAAACCAAACAAAUCGAACGUUGAUAAAAGUGAAGAUCAAUCUUCAACGAGUAAUGUAUAUGCAGUUGUUGAAAAAAAGAAACGUAUGUCUGACGAAAAGGGGACAAAUCAGAAACGAGAUAGUUUAACAGCCGAAAACGACAGAGAACCUGGACAAAUAUAAUAAAAAACUGACUACUGGUUAUCUAGCUGUUAUAGAAUGGAUCACUUGAGCAAUUUAUUGCUUGUUCUAUAAUUUUUGUGCUAUUUUUACAUUUCGGGAUCAACGAGAGAAAAAUAUUUCUUCUCACUAGUGAAAUAUCUGUUCUCAGCAAAUGAUUGGUCGCAAUUUAAUUAUGACGUCAGAUUUUCUUGGUUUCUUCUGAAAUUUCUAUUGUGACGUCAUGAAAAAGGCGACAUUGCCUGAGGACGUCACAUAUAAAGAACACAACUUUCUGCAAAUCUUUCAAAAAGAAAGAUAAAAAUCAUUAGAAAAACAGACUUCACCAUUAAAACUCGUGUCUCACGAUACUUCUCCACUCUCGACAGUUAAAUGUUUACUUAUUUAAAAAGCGGAAGAGCUUUGCGCUUUAAAUAUUAAAAUUUUACUGUCUCGAUUGGAGAAAUUAUUGUUACACAUUUGUUGCAGUGGUGGAAUCUAUAGUUCUAUUAGCCAUGUAAUAGAAAUGUCAGUUAUAAACAAAAAUAAUUAAUCAUUUAUUACUAUAUUUCCCAAGUGCCAAUUUUAUAGACUUAUGUACUAAGCUUACAAUAGAGAUCACAGACCAGUCAAAAAACUAAAAUCUAUAAUUAGUAUAUGUAAUUGCUGUACCUUUUUUAACUUCUUUUAUUAUUGUUUUUUUAGUUUUCCUAAUAUGAGAAAAAAUAUAUCAGUUAUGUUUAAAUUCAGAAAUAUGAUAACAUAAAAUGUGUUUUUGGUCAUAAUUGGUAAACCGCCUAAAUGAUAUAGGUAGAGUUAUCUCAUCGAGUGCGUCAUUUCAAUUAGUUUCGAUCUCCGACCGGGCCAAACCAAAGACGAAAGUAUCUGCUGAUAUUUUUCUAAGUAACUGCCAUCUAGGAACAAGACCAGAAUCUGGUCGACAUAUUAUCAGAAUCAUGUGUCUGAGUAGGAUGAUAUGUCUUCCUUUGGGUUGUUGCCUUGGGAACCAGAACCUUAAACUUCAGUCUGGGCAAGUCGCUCUAAAAGAUAGAUUUCCUAUUCGUAUCACCGGAACAUGUUCACAUUAAACAAUUUCUAUUAUUUUUAUGUCCUCUUUGGUCAUUAAGCUCCUCAGUGUUUGUGUACUUGAAAUUUAACUUGCUUUAAACCUUAAACCAUUUUGAUUAGAGCCUUCCGGUAAAAUCAGAAAAGCAGUUCGGACGAAUAUAGAUAUUAGAAGAUGUGGAAUAAGUGACAAUGAUACAACUCUCCAAUCAAUUCUUAAUUUGUAAAAGUAAACCAUUAUAGAUCAAAGUACGACCUUCAAGACGGAGCCUUGGCUCACACCGAACAGCAAGCUAUAAAGAGCCCCAAACAAAUAACUACUGUAAAACCAUUCAUACAGGAAAACCAACUGUCUUAUCUAUAUAAAAAACGAGAAACGAGAAACACUUAUGAUCAACAUCAACAAACCACAACAACUGAACAUCAGAUUCCUGACUUAGGACAGGUGCAAACAAAUACAGCGGGUUUAAACGUUUUAAUAGGCGCCAAUCUUCACAUUAAUAAAGAAUUAUUUUCUUUUUCAUCAUCGUCAUAUCAAUGGAUGUUUUAAAUGAAUUUUAAGAAGGAAUUUUCUCUUUACGUAUAUUUUCCAAUUUCGAAAUUGACCUUUUGAGGGUAAAUUAUACAUAUAAAAGAAAGAUGGUAGCUGUUGUAAAUUUCGACCUUUUACAUAGAAAAAAUAACAACUUUCGAUUUACAAAUAUCGAUAAAAUGUUCGUUUAGGAUCUCGCGAAAACAUAGAAGAGUUCAUUGUAACUACGUUAUAGACUAGUGGCGGUAAACUUUGAGUACUUUCUUGAUGAAAACUGUGAUAUGUAUGCAAAAAACAUAACUUUAA